AUGGAUAUUGUCGAGAGUAGUGGUAUUUGUAACAUUGAAUCGUGCUUUUUUACAAGUCUUAACAAAACCGGAGUAUAUUUCUCUAGACGAAGCAGAUGGUUGUUUGUGUUGUUGCUUUUAAGCGGUGAUGUUGAAAAGUGUCCUGGACCUAAUGCCACAGAUGAAAUCCGUGAAUUUACUAAUGCAAAGGGUAUGAAUAUGUUUCACCUGAACGUUAGAGGUCUAUGGGCAAAUUUUGCUGAGAUUUCGAACAUUCUUAUAAACAACAGAAAAAUCGACAUUUUUUCUCUUACGGAAAUACAUACGGGAGAUGAACCGGAGGACAUGUUUGCAAUUAAUGGAUACACAUUUAUACAAAAUUCUCGUAAAUUUGGAAAAGGAGGCGGAGUAGCAUUUUAUGUUGCUGAUCAUAUUAUUUAUAAAAGGCGACUCGAUCUAGAAAUAAAUGAAAUUGAAGGUAUUUGGUUAGAAAUAUGUCCAAAAAAUGCGAAAUCGUAUUUACUUCCCGUAAUUUAUAGACCCCCGGAUAAUUCAAAGUAUCUUAAUAAAGAUUUUUCAUCUCUUCUAUCUGAUGUACUGUCAUUAAAAUUAGACGGUAUCAAAGAAGUUAUAAUCUUAGGGGACCUUAAUGUCGAUUUUCUGAAAAAGAACGAUCAUGUUGGGAUUAAGACAGCUUUAACGUUACACGUGACCAUGACCUUAUAUGUUGUAUUAGAAAACAACAUCACACCCGUUUCGUUAGCAAAACCAAUAAAUUGUCGAAACUAUCGAAAUUAUGACAAAGAUAAAUUUUGUCAAACACUUUCAUCACAGAAUUUUCAAGAUGUUUAUAAUUCAACGAACGUCAAUAAAGCAUGGUCUUUGUUAAAGGGAAUUAUAUAUCGCACCUACGAUUCCAUGGCUCCAUUAGUUCGUAAAAAAGUUCGCGGUAAGCCAUGUGAUUGGAUGACUGUUGAUCUCAAGAAGGAGAUGAACUCACGCGACAAUUUGUUACGAAAAUCGCGUAAAACCAAAUCAGAAGCAGAUAUCACCGCUUAUAAAAAAAUAAGAAACAAGGUUAAUAAUAAAGUUCGUAAAGCAAAGAAUACGUAUCAGCGACAGUUAUUUGAGGAGAACACCGGAAAUCCAGAACCCUUCUGGCGGUCGAUAAAAAAAGUAUUUCCACUUAGAUCGAACUCUCAAGUGAAUACUACUAUACAAAUCGACGAGAAAUUGGUAACCGAUCAACAUUCUAUUGCUAAUGCGUUUUGUAGAUUUCUUUCUAAUGUUGUAAAUUCACUUAAAAGAUCUGCUUUUGUGUUGACAAACUUCGUCUGGAAAUAUCAUAAAGAAAUACCGAGUAAAUCUAACCCAAAAUUUCGACUUAAACCAAUCACUGUUAAUGAAACCAUGAAACAUCUACAAUCAUUAAAACGUAAAAAGUCUGUUGGGCUAGAUGAUCUACCAUCCUGGUUACUCAAAGACUGCAUGGAGGUAAUCGCUUCACCACUGACAUAUAUUAUUAACAUGUCUUUUGAAACUUCAACUUUUCCAAGUGACUGGAAACGCACCAAAGUGUUACCACUUUUCAAAUCUGGAGCAAAGUCAUCUGUUAAUAACUAUAGACCAAUAUCUGUUAUUCCAGCUAUAUCCAAGGUGAUUGAAAAAGUUGUGCAUGAACAAUUGACUGCAUAUCUGGAAAGUAACAAUUUAAUAAACAACAACCAGUUCGGUUUCAGGCCUCGUCGCUCAACUGAACUGGCUGCAACAAUCUUUAUCGACACUGUGAAAUUGAAGGUUAACGAUGGCAAAAUGGUCGGUGCCGUAUUUUUAGACCUCACAAAAGCAUUCGACAUGUUAAGUCAUGGUGAACUACUGUCAAAAUUAAGCAGUUUUGGAAUUGUUGGAGACGAACAUGAGUGGUUCACAGACUAUUUGUUUGGUAGAUUUCAGCAAGUUCAAUACAAAAAUUCUUUGUCUGAUGAACAUCCAGUCAAUAGUGGAGUACCACAAGGGUCAAUUUUGGGCCCACUACUAUUUAUUAUGUUUUUCAAUGAUCUUUGUACCGUAGUGAAACACUCUGAAGUAGUCAAAUAUGCAGACGAUACUGUUUUAUUUGUUGCUGGUAAGGACUUAGAGAUCAUAGAAACCCGUCUUUCAUCCGACAUGAAUUGUGUACUUGCAUGGUGUUUGGAAAAUGAAUUAAUUUUAAAGCAAUAUUAUUUGAAUUCUCAGACACAACUACUCAAACUCCAAUCUUUACAUAGACGAGCAACUUCAAUUAUUGGAAAUCAAUUCUUGACACCACCUGAUACUGUCAAUAUGAUAGAAAUGCGAGCUUGUAAUUUCAUUCGCCGUUGCUUGGACAACGAUGUGUGUGAAAAUUUUAAAAAUUACUUCACAAAAAAAAACCACACAAGAAACACACGUAACAACAGAAAUAGCUUGAAAUUACCUAAUCUUCGUUUGGAAUAUGCUCGUGGAUCUUUCUGUUACACUGGAGCACAAAUUUACAAUACACUCCCGUUGGACAUUAGAAAAUGUGAAUCAUACAAUAUUUUUAAGUCGCAACUGAGAGAAUAUUAUCUGCGACCCAUGUUGAUAACAGACUUUAUAAUGUCUGAAAUGGCCAUCCUUAAAAUUUUCCGCGGCACGAAACGGAGAAUAACCAAUACAAUAGUAUUAGAGACUGGUGAAACCUUCAAGUUACCUCAUCAAGAGAUUGGUCGUUAUGAAACAAGAUUAAUUUGA